AUGACGAACCACGAAUUGUACAUCCCUGAUGAUUUGCUGUUGAACUGUUUAGCCCGUGUCUCGAGAUUGUACUACCCGAUCCUCUCGUUAGUUUCCAAGAGAUUCCGCUCCAUCGUUACAUCAAUUGAGCUUUACCAGACCCGAACGCUCUUAAGACGCACCGAGAAUUGUCUUUAUGUGCGCUUACGUUUUGGUUCUGAAUCUCCGCCACGUUGGUUCGCUCUGUGCCGAAGACCAACUCGAAUCCAUACCCCUACUACACCUAACCCUAACCCUAACUCACGAUGGUUCUCUUGCUUUAGCUCACAUAGAAACCUAACGAAUCACGCUAGGAAGGAAGUCAAAAAGUCAACUGAAUAUAUUUUGUUCUCCACACCAACUACUAAAAACAACUCUUCUCGGUGUCGUGUGACAUGUAACCCAAUUGGUCCUAGUGUCAACAUGGUAACCAGCUACAUCAAUGGUGCCUUCAUGUCUAAGGUCUUCGUCUUUAUGGAUUCUCAGUCUAACAUCUGGUACGAUGCUCCAAACAUGACGGUGGCCAGAAAGCGUCCCAUCAUGAGUGUUCUUGAUGGGAAACUAUAUGUAGUGGAAGGCUGCAAAGAUUCCGAUUCCUCGAAUUUGAUCGAGGUUUUCGAUCCCAAAACACAAAUAUGGGAGCAUGUGUCAUGCCCUAGCACGGAGAUACUAGGACGUAUAGUAUCAAAAACCUUAGUCAUGGACGGAAGGCUUUACGUGUUCGGGGAUAAAAAUGUUGUUUACAUACCCAAUGAUAAUAGAUGGUAUGUGGUAGCAUUGGAUAUGUUUUCGAGUUUGGUUACCCAUUAUUCUUCUUGCGUGAUAGGUAAUGUAUGUUAUACUGUACUCUCCAGUUUACUCCUAUGGUACCACUCCGUGGAAAGAUCGUGGAGAUUUGUGACCGGUUUGGAAAAUUUACCUAGAUUACGAACUCGUCGUGAGUUUGUUAGACUGGUUGAUUUUGGUGGAAAGCUCGCGAUUGUGUGGGAGAAGAAAGUGAGUGGUAUUGGCUCUAAGAAGGAGAAGAAGACGAUUUGGUGUGCUGUGAUUGCGCUUGAAAGACGCAAUGCACAAGAGGUUUAUGGCAAGGUUGAGUGGUGUGACGCUGUGCUUACUGUCCCCAAGUCAUCUUCUUUAUUGGAAUUUAUUUCUAUUCAUUUUUGA